AUGUUUUUUUUUCUUUUUCUGAUAGGUCUUUGGUCAUGGAAAGUCCAAUGGAGAACCAACAUGGGCAUUGCUGCUAACUGGUCUCAUAGCUGAGCUGGGGAUACUUAUAGCCUCUUUGGACAUGGUAGCUCCCAUCCUUUCCAUGUUCUUCCUGAUGUGCUAUCUUUUUGUAAACUUAGCCUGUGCAGUUCAGACUCUUCUACGAACACCCAACUGGAGGCCAAGGUUCAAGUAUUACCACUGGGCUCUGUCAUUUCUCGGCAUGAGCAUGUGUCUGGCACUUAUGUUUAUAUCCUCCUGGUACUAUGCUAUUGUAGCCAUGGGCAUCGCAGGGAUGAUCUACAAGUACAUUGAAUAUCAGGGAGCAGAGAAGGAAUGGGGGGACGGUAUAAGAGGACUAUCCCUUAGCGCUGCGCGUUAUGCUCUACUGAGACUUGAAGCCGGUCCCCCACACACCAAGAACUGGAGACCUCAGUUGUUAGUGCUGCUGAAGCUCGAUGAAGACCUUCAUGUGAAAUACCCCCGGAUGCUGACUUUUGCCUCCCAGCUGAAGGCAGGAAAAGGUCUGACCAUUGUUGGCUCCGUUAUUAAGGGUAACUUCCUGGACAGCUUUGGGGAAAUGCAGGCAGCUGAACAGGUAAAUUCUAGAGAGCAACAUAUAACGUGCACCAUUGUUCUCUGUUCUACAGCUUUGCUGACUGUGCUGAAGUUGAUUGUAGCACUUUUUGUAACUUCAUUGAGAUAUUCAUUUUUCUUUACUAGAGCUCAUUAUUAUGGUUAUAUUGUAAAUAUCUUAUAUAGUGCCUAAUCUAUAACCACCAGGGGCUAUGUGGGGUUCAGUGGCUUGGGCGCUUUAGCCUGAGCGGUCCGGUCUGAUAUUUUUAGCGUUUCUAAUGUGAAAUGGAAACAGUUCCGACCCGUACC